AUGAAGAAUGGGUGCUACCUAGUGCGGUUUCGCAGCCAGAAAGACUUUGAGCUAGCCUCUGAGAAAGGACCCUGGCUACUUGGGGACACAUAUCUUACUGUCCAUCGCUGGUUUAAAGGGUUUAAUCCGUGGAAGGCGAAAGUGACGACUACGAUAGUCUGGGUUCAGCUCCCAGACCUUCCCAUUGAAUUUUUUAAUGCGGAAGCAGUAACCAUGAUUGCGGAGCUCAUAGGAAAGCCGAUCCGGGUUGACCGAGCCACGGAGAUGGGGGCACGGGGGAAUUAUGCUCGAGCUAGCGUCGAAGUGGAUUUAACAAAACCGCUCCUGUCCAUGUAUAAAGUGGAGGGCGUAACAUAUAUUAUUCAGUACGAAGGAUUGGAUAACAUCUGUGGGGAGUGCGGUAUGUAUGGCCAGAUGACGAAUACGUGCAGUUGCAAACAUAUGGGUGAGGAACAAUCGGAAGAACCAUCGGCAGAUGCCCGAGAAGAGCCAAUAGCAUCCCAAACUGAGGGUAGAAUCUAUGGGGAGUGGAUGUCAGUUAAAAAGAAGUCGACAUGGGCUGCAAAAAGAAUAGGAAAUACCAAGAGGAUGGGACCUAUCAACUGUGAGGAUGAUCGAACAAAUAGUUUUGCGGCACUGCAUGAAGAGGAGGGGACGCCGAUAAGUGAAAAUGAAAAGAACUCGAUGAGGGAAGAGAGUGCGGGCCAGAAGAAUGAUAGUGCAAAGACGAAAGGAAAGGAGACGAGUGGAUCGACGUCGGUAACCAGUAAAGGAGGCACACCGAGCUCGGGAGGGCAGGGGGUAACAAAAAGUUCCCCUUUGAACCCCCCCACGGAAAAAGAUAGUGUUGCGAAGGAAAAGAGAGGGAAUAAGGAUGGUAGCCCAAGCAAUGAAUCCAAAAGAGCUCUCGCGGCGGAAAUGACCCGCCAUGCACCCCAUGCAAAGGAGGGGACCAAUUCUAGCAAACUGAAAACAGCAAGUACAAAACCCGUGGGAGAUGGCCCUAGGGGUGUAGAAGCUAAACCAAAACAAACUCAAUCUGAAGGUGCGGGGAACCGAUCCCCUUCUCGUAAUAAAUGA